AUGGAAUUAGGAGAAUAAGAUUUAUAUACUUACUUAGAAUAAUAAUAAUAGAAUUUAACUAUUGAAUCAAAAAUUAAAAUUAUGAUUUAAAUUACUUAAUUCAUUUCAUAUCUACAUUCCAAAAAUUUAAUACAUAGAGAUAUUAAACCUGAAAACUUCAUUAAAGUCUCCGAUCAAUUUAAACUUAUUGAUUUUGGAUUAACCAGGAAAAAUUAAGGGAGGAACACCUUUGUUUUAAUCCCUGAAAUUGUUGAAACAAGUUAAAAUUACACAUAAGCAGUGGACAUAUGGUCACUAGGUUGUGUAUAUUAUGAAAUUUUAACUAAAUCGCCUUUAAUUGAAGGAAAAACUGAAUCUUAAGUUAAGAACAUAAUUAAAAAUUUAAAAACUGAUAAUCGUUAUCUGAAAUAAAUUAGAAUAAUUGCCAGGAUAAGGUGA